CCAGAAUCUCGUAAUAUUCAUACAUCAUACACUUAUACAUUUAUACUUCCUAGUUUUAUCUGUCAAUUGGUAUAACACAUGUUGCCACACCUUACUCUACACGUGUAUGGUACACGUGUGGACAGAUCGAUCAGCUGGUUCCGUGAAACCUACGCCGUGCACGGUAGACCUAUAUACGAGGUAAUAGGGAGUUUUCGCAUAGCCCCCGUAACGCAAACGAUAACGCCUAAUUCAUCACCGUUACAUGUAUCAGGAGACCGAACAAUGGGAUAGGUGUUCACUUUGACGUUUCGGGAGUUUUGGUAAAACUAUUUCUUGUCCGAAUCGGCGUAAACUGGCCGUUUAGCCGGGGAUCCUAGCUUGACUGUUCUAGUCAGAAAAUGGAAUUCAAAACCACCCAGGUGAUGGAAAGGUCUGCACUGACGGUCUGUAUGCUACGGUAUAGAGGUAAAACACAUGCUGAUCGAUCGUGAAUUUAAAAUAUGGUCGUGCUUUGAUGACACAUCUGUUUCCACAAGCCAGCUACCGGGGAGGAGUGUGAGGCGUCAUCACUAUAAUAAGAAAAUGAAUUGUGCGCUAUAUGCGCCUGAACAAAAUUUUCCGGAACAAUUGGAGGACAAACGGGUUAUUUAGAUCGCUGCUGCCCGCGAUUUCAAUCGCUUCACUAGCAGAGAACCAAAUGAUAUGUUUGCAUUCUAUUUUACGGGGCCAUUGGGACUUUAUAUUUUGAUCAGUACCUGAAUCAACACCGGUAUAAACGGCACUGGAGUAGAAACUUUGACGACACCACGCAGAGGACAUCUUCAUACGAGGUGUGGAGAAGAAGUAAAGACAUGGAGUCGGAGUCGAUACACUCAUAAUUUGACAUAAAGGUUGUGCCAGCUUCUCUGGAUUAACAGUUGUGUCUAUUUUUGAGGAAAUCGGAACGUUAAAGCGUUUUACAAACUUGUGCCGAUUGAGAGCAUAGACAGAAGUAGGAAAGCCAUAUUAAUCGAGAGACUUUUCGCCUCCUAUCAAGAAUCAAACUUUGCGUAGAAACUUUGGCGACACCACAGGGAAAGUAGGACUUACGGUGAAGGAGGUUCAUGGACAUGUCGUGAACGAGUCCAGUCCGUCAAAUUCCGGUCGCAGUGGAUAAGGGAACGAUCGCCGAGUCAAGCUCUACGUCCUCUAUAUCUUCAGGCCGACGCAAAUCGGCUACCUCGGCAGCGUAGCAGUACCGCUGGCUGUGUUCAAAAUUUCGACAGACGACGGAUAAAACAAAAAAUGAAACUGAUUUUCAAAUUCCCGGUGGUUACGUUACUGUUACUGUGUACAUGUACGUUGCUCUGUUUGCUAUGUGCACUAUUACGCUGUAGUUUAACAUGUUCUGAGUUUCACUUUAUAUGUAGUUUAGAGGAACAAAGGAGGAUAAUGUACUCCCAAGGAAUGACGGCAGCCGAACGAGACAUUGCUGUUGACCUCUUGUUAGUUUUCGAUCUCGAAAUGUCCAAAAGCAACAUUCCCUGGUUCCUCUAUAGCGGCUCGUUGCUAGGCAGCUGGCGACACCAUGGCAUCAUACCAUGGGAUGAUGACGUAGACGUAUUCGUUCACCAAUCACAGAAAAUGGAAGUAAUUUCGUCACUGAGUAAGUUGGAACCAGAUUACCAUCUAGUGAACGCCGCCGGUCGGACGAAACUUUUCUCAAGGUUUUCGGUAAAUACAUCAGGGUAUGAGUGGGGCUGGCCAUUUUUAGAUAUACAAUACUACGUCGAAAAUGCAACGCAUCUGUGGGACGUCACAGAACCGUUCAUGCAUCUAAAAUAUAAAAAGUCGGAUAUUUUUCCGCUGCAUAUGCGUCCUUUUGAGACUCACUGGUUCCCAGCGCCAAAGAGUUCCCUGUCCAUGAUCAAAGUAACUUUUAGUGACCUAAAACAAUGCAGAUCAUCGAGCUACAAUCAUAAGUUGGAGGAAUUUCGGAAGAGUAUUUCGGUUGAGUGUCGGGCAAUGCGAGACCAGGUGCAUUUUGUCCACAGGGUUAUAGUUAAUGGAACCAUGGUGGAGAGGCUAAAAGUUGGAGACUGGGUAGUACGUUCCGUGGUGGUCAAGGAAGAUUUGACUGAUCUGACCGAUCCUUACGAUAGCAGUAAGAUUAUUGCGCCUUGGUCUUCGCCGAAAAGUCAUGAAAACGAUCGGACUUGAGGAGCAGACGUUCAAUUUUAGCCUUCUCACAACGUCAUCAGUCUGUAUUUCAGGCACCACGCAGGUCCGUACACUGCAUUGUCGCGUGAUAAGAAGACCCUGCUAUACCAACAGGAAGAACAUUUCAAUGAAGCUGAAUUAUUUGUUGUUAAUGGUGGACAAGUGCAAAUUUCAAUUCCGAUGGGGUAAUGUAUAGCCGGAAAAGUACCCGAUUCGCAUUGAUAGACCUCGCGUAACAAAAUAAUAUUAUCAAUUGAUUCUGCGUCAUGGAGAUAGAGCUCUGGUCGUUUCAGAGUCACGUGACGUUUAACGGUCCAAGCGUACAAGGUUUGCCAAGCGUAUAAAUCUAGUUCUUUUGAUCGCCUAACAAUCGAUCUAUAGAAAUGAACCGCAUGCAGUAGAACACAGAAUACUCAUGUACAGGAUACAAUGUAUUGUACAGAGACGCCCUAGGCAGACUCCGUGUGUCGAGAUCGACAGUGCAGACCACCUAUUGGAUUUUCAGAUUAAAAAAGAACUAAAUAAAAUUAUUGAGGUCAAUUCUUGUCCGUCUAUUCGAAUAGGCCUAUUCCAUAAAAGUACGUUCUUGCAGCGUGGGUGAGCUAGGAGGGGGGGGGGGGCACGAGUAACCCGAGUAACCAAAUAUGUGUUUUUGACCGUGAAUGUUGCCGAAAAAAUCAACAAGUGUCAUUUUGCCACCGAGAGAGCCUUUUGCCUCAUUUCUGUUCGGAGAUGGUCGAGACAUCGAUCAGUUUCUGAUACUUGAUCACACCAUAUCUGUGGACAGAUUGAUGAGAUUGGUUAGCCUGGUGAGCCCAACAGGCCGUGAUUGAAACACGACUGCGAUGCACUCAGAGAGCAAGAUACUCCAUGGGUUUGAUACAUUCAUCAGUCCGAAAUCGGUCUUGGUGAGGACAAAGUCACAACCAGUCGGAUACUAUGGACCACUUGCCGUCGCGUAUACUCCAUGUAAGGAAUCCGCUUCAUCAUUUUAAAGGCCUAUACUCCGAUCCGUUAGUUCACAAGUCUGAAAUUUGAACAUUGAAAUAGAACUUGAAAAGUUCUGUUAAAAAACGAUUCCAUGUUUUUAUUGAUUUCUAAUUAUUUCAAAAGACUGUACAUGUACAUGUAGGUCACGGACAGUAAAUAUGAGCAUGAUUUAAAUGGAGUGUCGACAGAGACAAGAUAACUGAUGACCUACUCUUAAUCAUAUUAGGUGAGAAUAAUUACCCUAAGCGUUUGCGAUACAAAGUCGAUAUUUCACGAAAGUUGACAAGAAAUCCGAAUAGGAACUUCCAUGAUGGCGACAUCAAAGGGGUGUUCCGAGGUCGCCAGCAUCAUGAUGAGGAUAGAUCCAAACCGCAUUGAGGAGGGAGCGAAAGCUCUUCUGAAAGAGCUCAUGCCGUGCUUGGAAGAGACGGACUUGCAAAUCAAGUCGCUAGGUGGCGGUAUGGUCAACCACCUCGUGCUCUGUAAAAACCUGAAGACACAAGAAGAACCUGGUUGGGUUGUCCGUAUUUUUGGUGAAGCUGACGUCCUGCUUCCACGUGACCGGGCCCACGAACGCAAAGCCAUCUGUCUAUUGUCUGCGAGCGGAUUGGCGCCAAAAGUGAGGUGUUUCUUUGUCAAUGGUGUGUGCUAUGAUUAUGUGGAGGGAAAGUUGUACUCGUGGGGAAGUCAGGAUUUCAAGGAGGAAUAUAUGAUCAACUCAAUCUCCAAUGAGAUGGCGCGCUGGCACUGUUCAACCAACCUCGCCGAAGCCAACCACAUCGAAUUCGACCAAUCACCGACACCAGUUGUUCACAUGCGGAAACUGUUGAAGUCCUGGCCCAAAGGAUUCGAAGAUGAGCAAAGAGAUAACAUGUUCAAGGAGAGCUUUCCCUCUCUCCCGAACCUAGAAUUGGAGGUGACUGAAAUUGAGAAAACAUUGAAGAAACUGGAGAUGCCGAUUGUGUUUGGUCACAAUGACCUCAGUAUGACUAAUUUGAUCUUCCUACCAGAAACAGGACGCAUGAUGUUCAUUGACUACGAAUGGGCCGGAAUGACGUAUGCCGCUUGGGAUAUCGGGAUCCAUCUUGCUUAUAGUUUUGUCGGGCUUGAUACAGACCCCACGGGAAAACUCCCGGAACGUAGCUGCAUUGCCAGAUGGGCCACAAGCUACUUGGACCACCUUGGAGCUUUGGAGGGCAAAACAUUUUCGGAAAAAGACAGAGAUACCCUGGUCUCCAAUGUUGAGAUUAUUCUACCUUAUUGCAGUGUCUAAGCUGUUCUAUUAUCUAAAGAGGACAAGGAAAUGAAGUUACUGAGUCUUGGGGCUAUCCAUGGAAUGGGGAACGAAAGAGCAACACUCUUGGGACGACUGCAAAUGUAACAUCAGCGGCUAACAAGAGACAAGCUGUACACCCAGCAGAGGAACUUCUUCAGUCCACGGAAUAUCCUUACAGUGUUGACUCGUUUGGCUCCAUUGCACAACACAUGACAUGGUCCAAAUGACACCUUAGACUGUCUUCACAACCAGCAGAGGGGUCUCAGCAUUCUGAGGAGCAUGUAUGCAAUGAAAGACAUAGUCACAACCUUACCAAACACAGUCUUCACAAGUAAUAAACAGGCCAGGACCCAACAAUUUGAAGGGUUUUACUGAGCAAGAAGGAAUUCUAUGCAAUGGGAGUCAUUGUCAACCAAAUAUGUCUGCACACCAGGACUCAAUAAUCUGAUUGGUAAAGAGAGAAUGGCAUCUAUGCAAGGGAAUCAUGGUCAUAAUCUAACCAAAGAUGUCUUUACAACAGAGAGAUCAUAACAAUCUUUAUAGUCACAGACCUGAAAUGACUAGUGCAAUUUAGAAAAUAUCACAACCAGGGACAAUAUUCAACUCUUUCGCAAUCUAACCAGGACCAGUCUUCACAACUAACAGAGGCAUGUUUUUAGUCUGUUGAAAGACAUACUAGAGAAGACUCUUAAGUGACAUGGCAGAAUGUUUUUUGAAAACAUCCUCAAUUUUAUUCCAAGGGCAAGAGUAUUAAAAUAAUCAUAUUGUCAUCUCAGAAUAAAGUUGAGACGUGCCUUGUCUUCA